AUGCCUGCCGCUGACGGAUCCAGCAACAUGCAAGCGCGUCAGCGCAAGUCCAAGUCCAGCGCCGACGUGACGGCGCUCAAGCCCACGGCAGUCCGUACCACCAACACCAACAAUGCCGCGUUCUACCGGCAGCCUCUCCAGCUGACGUCUUCGACUGGGCUAUCUUUGCCAAGAAGCGGGCCUCCUGCUGCUGUGGGAACCCCUCGACAGGGAAACCAGAGAUCUACUAGCGCGCAGAGACAACAGAACCAAGAACCAGCCAGGGAGAGAUCCUUGGAGCGCGCUCAGUCCAUGCCAAGUUUGCAUGCAGGAAACGGCGAAGCUGGGCCUCAGCGCGCUCGCUCGACGAUGGCAGCGAGGCGGACGGGGCCCCCACCUCAUGAACGAUCGAGGUCACCAUCGGCGAGACGCAGGGAGCUGCCUGAACCAGUAGCGGAGCCCGUCGAGGGCAUCUACGAAUACGCCGAGACCCAACAAGAAGCCCGCCGUGAAGAAGAUCCUGAAGCUGCAGACAAUGACGAAGUCGAAGAGAAGGAAGGUGGCGAUGAAGAAGAUGAAGAGAAGGAGCCCAUGACCCUUACGGUGGGCUUUGGUUCCAGCAUAUCCGUUCGAGAGCUUGAAAAAGGAAUGCGCCAAAUGAAGCACAGGUUGGAUGCCAUUGUACCGGGGCGAGACAAACUCAAAAAACAGUUCGACGAGGUAGACCGUGAGAUUUCUGACAUCGAGACGAUGUACAAGGCGUUUGCAAAGCUUCUAAAGAGUCGGCUUAAACCGAGAGACGCAUCGCCAAGUCGCUCCCGGACCAAGAGCAAGAGUCGAUUAGGUGUUCGCUCGCAAUCUUCCAAGCGAGCACGCGGUGGUGACGAUUCCAGCGAGGGAGAAGAGAAUGGAGUUGUUCUCCUCGGCCCGGUGGAUCCGGUAGUUGCGGCCUCGCGAAAAAGGCAAGGGUCGGGCGUUCUGGAACUUAGGGCUUCCCCGGCUCGGCAGUUCUGGGGUCGGUCCGACGUUCCGAAGGCACGGGUGGACCACAACCGUAAUGCAUAG